GGACGCAGGUGAACUAAUUGGUAUUCUGUAUCUUGCUGUAUUCCCACCUGGCGCUGCACAUCACCUCCUGUAAGACUGACACGGAUACAACUACCUGUUAUAUCAAGAUCUGGCAGUGGAGGAAUUAGUGGGAAAUAUGAUGACUCUGCGGAUAUUGUUUUUCCUAAUGACGGCGGUGAUGACGAUGACUAUCUGUGUUGAUCCUGGCGAUACCAACACCACGGCGGCCGAUGACACCAGCACCACGGCGGCCGAUGACAUCAGCACCACGGCGACCAAUGACACCAGCACCACGGCGGCCGAUGACACCUUCCCCCGUGAACCUACUCCAUCACCAGGUAAAUGCCAGCCUCUGUGUUGCUUGGAUCGCCGUUACCGCAACUGUCUGGACCUACAGACGACGGGUGGUGUGGCGGUGAGCGGUGUCUACAUAGUCUACCCCUACAACACCUCCCCUGAGCGUCCCGUCAACGUGUGGUGCGACAUGACGACUGAUGGAGGUGGCUGGACCGUCAUCCAGCGCCGCGAUGAUUAUCCCUUACAAGAGAAUUUUUACCGCAGAUGGAUAGAGUACGCCCUCGGCUUCGGUGACCUACAGCGUGAACACUGGCUCGGUCUGGACCACAUCCACGCACUUACGGAUCAAACUGUUUACGAACUCCGCGUCGACUUGGCUGACUUUUCUGGUAACAGGCGCUCAGCAAAGUACAGCCUGUUCUAUGUGCAUAACAGAGACGCUUUCUACUUACUGGAGGUCGACGGAUACUCGGGAACCGCUGGCGACUCUUUGUCUCCCCAUAAUGGAAGGAAGUUUUCUGCUCGAGACAAAGACUUGGACGGCUAUGGAGCAGCCUCGUGUGCACAGAGGUACUCCGGCGCCUGGUGGUACGCUGCUUGCCACGCCAGUAACCUGAACGGGAAGUACCUGGCAGGGAACCAUACAUCUUAUGCUGACGGUGUUAACUGGAGGACCUGGCUCGGCUACCACUACUCCCUGAAGAAGACUGUCAUGAUGAUCAGACCAGUCCGGCCUUCUCGUGUUCCCUCAACCCCAUCCUCCCAGCCAACAUCCACCACAUAGCCUCCAGAAAUAUUAACCAUGCGUUUCCACUAAGGACCUACUCCCUGCUGGCUUAUAUGAUCUUGACUGUACUAUUGAAUUUUGUCUUACUGUAACUGUAAGCUAUCCAUGCUGUAAUACGGUGACACACGCUUGAGUUAUGUGUCACUUCUCAGUUGAAUUAUGUUAUGUGUACCUCCCCUAGUCCACACACACACACACACACACACACACACACACACACACACACACACACACACACACACACACACACCAUUACCCCCCUUAGUUAAGUCACUCAACACUCCCUAAGGUAACUGCCGGUUCUCACAAGAUUCUAUAAAGUGUUUUCAUGACGACCAAUACUUUAGAUAUUAUUACAAGAAUCACUGUGUCGAGUCUUACAUCUUUCUUGGCACCAAAUUUGUUCCUAAUAAAAAAUUUUAAAAUAUUUUUCGACUGAUUCGGAUUUUUCUCUGCUUUUGCUUGUGAAUAAUUUAUAUGAUUACAGUGAAAUCUCUAUUUAACGGACUAUGGAGAGGACACUCCGUUAUGUCGAGGGUCUGUUAGAUGUGAAACCUCCAUCUAACGGAUUAUAUGGAGAGAGAAGUCCGCUAUUGGAGGUUUCACUUACAGAAAAUGUAAUUAGAAUUUUAUUCAAGGUAAUAAUUUAAAUUGUAAAUGAAAAUAUGGUUUUCAUCCUCUUAUAAUUAUACCAUUAAUUAAAAAACGAUAUAGAAAUAAAGAAACUAUGAUA